AUGGCCAAGCUCUUCGAGGAGGUGGUCAGUGGAAAUGUGGGGUCGGCACCUCUCCGUCUGCACUUGCCCGCGUCUACGGCGGACAUCAUCAUCCACUUUGGCCCACCGUGUUUUGGACCACCCGCCGCAGCUAGCAACACCACCCGUUGCCGCGAGCUCGUAGUCGUAAAUUGUGCGGUCUUCGCUUUGCUUCAUGUGCUCAUCAGCCGACAACCGCAGGCAUGGACCUUGCUCUGGAACAUGUGUGAGACGACCCAGGGACCUAUCACGAUUGAGGUAGAUCCUGAUCAGUCUCCUGAAGGAGCACGAAGGUUUCUGGAUCUGGUUCGUGAUGGUUUCUAUUCAGACCAGGCCAUCUUCAAAGCGGUGAGGGGCUUUGUGGCACAGUUCGGCAUCAGCGAUAACAACGAGAUGAAUGAAAAGUGGUCGCCAACCAUCCCAGAUGAUGAGAGGAAGACUGCCUCCUUUCCCAAGGGCACCAUCAUCCUUACCGCAAGUCGACAGAACUCUCGGAGCACGCAGGUGUCUGUAGCGCUUGCAGAUCUUACGGGCAGGCUAGGACAGAACCCGUGGGAGACAGCAAUAGGUCACGUCGUGGAGAAGGACAUGCCCGUGCUGGACAGAAUCUUCACAGGCUAUGCCGAUGCUGUGGAUGAGCAAGAGCUUCUGCGCCAAGGAAAUUCCUACCUGCGAGAGUUCUAUCCACGAUUGGACUUCGUGAAAGCAUGCAGUGUGCCGGGAGAAACAGCACUCGCGGCAGUCGCGUGCGAUGCAAAGUGCAUCGAGGCCUCUCCUUCCAGCGGAGUCAUGGGCUGCGGCACCUCGCCCGCCCGGCGGAGCGGCCCAGCAAGCCAGUCCCAGGCCUGGCUGCGUGCGCCCAUGGACAACAGCACAUGGCAAUGGCAGCCUGGCUUGGCCAUGCACUCCAGCAGCCCGAUGUCACCGCACAGGACGACACGAAGCGGGUGGAUGCAUGGUACAGGAAACGAGCAGAUGCAUGUAGCUGGCCAGAUGUCCUUGCGAUGUCAUAGUCUUCUGCUCCGCACGCAGCCAGUGUUGCUGGAUCGUCUUUUAGCACAGCAGGACUGCAGGUUUGGCCAUGCUAUGGCAGAUGCCCAGGGCAGCGUGGCCACUACGAGCAUCCAGCUCAGUGCGCUGCCAGCCAAGGACUUCGCCGCCCUUCCCGACCCGGUCCAAGAGUCCCCAGAGGCGGUCGUGGACGUGCAAGGCAGUGUGGACACCUCCUCUGCCCGUGGCGCUUCCGUGGACCGCUGUUCGGGCGCGCCUGCGCAGGUGGAGGCCGUCAACUCUCCGCGUACGGCACCUGCGGGUCCUGUGGCCGAGAAGCCUGUCGAGGUGACCGUUGAUGAUGAGCCCGAGGUUUUUCUCGAGAUGAUCAAGUUUGUGUAUUUGAACACCUGCCACGUGGACCAGUCCAACGUCAAGGCUUUGUUACACAUCGCGGACAAGUACUGCAUCGAGGACAUCGUGAAGCAUUGCCUGCAGUGGAUGCAAGACCAGUUUACCGCUGGCCUCUUCUACCACAUGCUGACGGUGCAGAUGUCGAACGAGCACUUUGGCAGACUACUGUGGAACAGUUUGCUGAAGGCGCUGAGAAGUAGACGCCAUUUCUCUUUGGUCACGGCAGAUGCCGAAGAGCACUUUGAAAAACUGCCCGUGUCCUUCGUGGAAGCUCUUCUCAGCUCUGAUGAGCUGCCGGUUGUCAGUGAGAUCGAGGUCAUCCACCUCAUCGCCCGUUGGGCCAAAGGUGCCCUGGCACGGCAGGAGAGGAAGAUAGGUUCUCAUUACGAUGAGCUGGAGAGAAAUUCCCACGAGGAUGGCCACGACGGGCAUGAUCCAGAGGACAACGAGGGCCACGAUGGUGGCUCUGACAAGAAGUUCAGAAGAGUUGCAGUGCAGAUGGGCAGUGCCCCUGUGGGCAGCGAUGCCGUGGUCCCCAGAGCAUGCAGGAGGUUGCGCCUUAUGCGAGCGGUGCGGAAGAGCAACAUGCUUGUCAGACUAGCUGACAUGGAGCCCAUGUUUCAGAUUCUGGGUUUGAACCGUCUUUUCUGCAGCAAGCCGCCUCGCGAGACCUCAGCACUGGAUCCUGGCUUCGUGGCUUACCGUGGCAUGCUGGAGUUAAUGUCGCUGAGGUGGCAGGCUUGGAAAGGCAUUAGUGUGUCUUUGGGCAGCCACGAUUUCCUGCAGCAGCAGGAAGGUUUCAAGCCAAAUCAAGUGCCUGAGAGAGGCACCACGGUGUUUCCUCGCCUUUGGGUGCGAAUAACGUGCUCCUCGUGGUCACAUCGGGAGAAGAGGACGUCAAAGAGCACGUCGGGACACAACCGCCACACCGUUGCUGGGCCACUAGGCGCUGAGAUCCCUGGGCCGCCAAACUGGGAGUCUGUCCCGACACACCUAAUGGGAAUCUCUCCAGUGAAUGAGGAGCCGUGUAGCAAAUUUCCACCAACGCUCAAGACGAUGCAGUCGCAGGACGAUUGGGACAUUGGCCGCACAAAGACAUUGCGGGCACCCAACAACAUGCCAGAGCUCAUGAACAACGAGAAGAUUGAGCACAAGGUCGUUUGCGCGGUGAUCAGUGGACACAUGCGCCACGGCAUUCGCAUCGGUCAGCGGGAGCGAAGUUCCAUCUAUGAUGUGGAAGAGCUGUACGGGCAGUGUGGGGAAGUAUGUCUUGGAGGCUCUCCAACAGAGGUGGAGUUCGAGCUGCAGCUCAAAGUGCAGGCUCCGAGCCCCUGUGGCAUCUGCCGCUGCAGUUUGGCGGUACUCCAGCCCGAGGGGGCCAAUUCCGAGCCGCCCGAGCAGCCCGCCGAAGCGCUGCUGGAGGUGAGCUUCGAUGCCUCUGCGGAGGAGCAUCUCCAUUUCUACAUCUCCUCCUCCUACUUCGACUCCAACAGCACCUACAAUGUGGCAUCGGCAUGUGCACCCUGUUCUGCUCGUGCUUGGACACUGCUCUGUCCAGAUCAGGUUGCUCUCAACUGGGUGCUCCGUCCAGGCGAGCUCUUGCUGGCAUAG